GACUGUAUACGUGCAAACUGUGGUCACUAGAUGUUGGGACUGCCAGAGCGAGGUCACGCGUCUCGUGGAGGAAGCUGCAAUCUUACUCCUUAGUAGCUUCCAUCUUCUCCUAUUCUACAGCGUUACCGUGGUUACAGAUUUACAACAUCUCUUGACUGGUAACUAAACAACGGGGGAAAUGUGUUAGAAAUAUUUUUAUUUUUGCAGUGGCUUUAGGGCAAACCAAAGGUUCUCACGGAAAUUCCUGCAACGCCUUCACUAAGAUGGACAUGCACGGAACAAAGUGAAUCAUCUGUCGAUGACGUCAUAUUCGUGUUUCCUGAAGGCAGUGUAUCUCAACCAGUGAUUAGUUGGCUUGAUGUUUGAAAUCAGAUGUUUAUAAUCGCUCUUGGUCUAAGUAUUUUGGAAAUAUUUUAUGAAAUGAUUCUCAGUUGAUUCUCAAAACGUUACAAUGAGAUCCAACAUCAGUACUAACAGAAGACGCCAGGGGUCAUUUUCUCUGACUUGUCGUAAGCCACGCCUGAAUAGCUUGUGUUCCAUCUGGUAUUCCAUUCUAGCACUCGCCUUUCAAAUCUACAUUAUCGUCCAUAGUGUUCAAAGUUUCGUCAAGUAUAUAUCCUUGCCGUGGCCAGUGGAAAAUCAGCCUUUUCUAGAACUCAACGCGUACGUGGCUCUGAUUGGAGCAGCUCUAAUUCUCCUACCGUUCUUCACAGUCGCCGGUAUUCUUAAAGUUGGUAACUUUUCUAAUGAUGGCGGAAAAUGGGGUAGAAACGAUGACGACAACGGGGCUAUUUAUCAAAACUUACGAAGGGAUAAACCGAAACGGUGGGUGAAAAUGCUAUGGAAACACGGUGCACCUACAGCACCUUUCCUCCAUGUCUGCGCAGCAUUUUGUUUGUUGUUACCCAGGGUGUUGAUCCAGGCUCGAUUGAUCCAGCAUGGAUUUCUUAGCAAAGCCGAUCUGUGGAAAACGGACCUGGAUUUUAUGAUUACUCACAAAGACCGCAUCGUGGCUUUGAAGUUUCUCUCGACGAUAAACGAGACUGAGUUGUGGCGAAAAGAAGCAAUGGAGCAGCAGAACCGACCGAAGACAGUGACUGAAGGACACCUAGAAGACAUGGCGCCUGUCUCGGCAGAGUUUUUGAACUACGGGUUGGCGUUAUUCGUGUACGCAGUUCGUUACCCCUCUGUCUUCUGGCGUGUAAAUAAGAGCUUCGCCCUGGUUUUUUCAAUUGAGUUUGUUCUCACAGCUUUGCAACAACUUUUGGCUUUCACUGGGUUUACUGUCCUCUACAAAAUUCAUAUCUACGGACCUUCAGAGGUUCUACUGAAGUUCAAUCCAAUGUUGCUCAACGUCUCCUUAAGCCUGUUGCUUUUUAUUCUCUACAAUAUCAUUCUAACGAUGUCUGCUAGUGUCCUCUACAUCUACGGGUUACAGAAGUUCCGUGAGAACGAGGAACAACAGAUUCGGAAACGCCACAUCACCUGGGUUGAGGAGUCUCGCCGUUCGUGUGGUUACAUCCCUCAUCUGAGUGCUCUCUUGACACUCUUGAUGAUAAUAUCAAGUGCAACACCGCUGAUGUACGACUAUAUGUUAGUCUACUGUGGUAGUCUGGAUGGAACAGUUUUGGCUGGAGUAACUGGUACCAUAUUGCACGUUAUUUUGUGGGUGCUGUUAUGGGUAGGUCUUAGCCUUAAACAAAGAUGGUGGUUUAAGAAAGCUAAUAAUCAACAAAGAUCAACUAAGGACACUGAACUGGAACUGUUAAAUGGAAUAAAAGAGUUACCAUUACUUGUCAUUGAAAAUGGCCACACCUACCAGGUAAGAGAACAGGCAUCAAAGCAGGCUAUCUUGGACAUCGCAUUGUCAUCUGCUAUAAAUGAAAAAUCGAAAUCUCCUGACGAAGACGACAACGUGUACUGGCUGAAACCCAAGUUUCCUCUUCCAAAAACUACAGAUACUUCACCCGAAGAGGACAUGAUACCAUGGCGACAAAUUAACCGAAAAUCUUCUUUUUCCAGGCAACACAAAGUCACUUUCGAAGAUAAGCUAGCUGGUGCUUCUGUUAAGCGCACAAAAUCCCUGACUAGCAAAUCUCCAAACGUUAUUAGCAAAGGAAAGAAGUCACACGUAAAAUUCGAAGACGGAUCUAACUUCAGCUACAAUGAUGGAGAUUAUGCCUCAUUACGAGAGUUAGUCAAAGCCAGGGAUGAGGACUUCGAGAGUCCAACUCUAAAGCGUCUACACUCACUCCGGUACAGUGGAAGUCCACGCCCUCUGCUGGACGAUGGAGACUAUGGUAUUCUCCUCGAUAAUCGUCGUUUGCCAAAUAGGAUCAUGGCUCCUGUUAUUGUUCACACCCAUCUCCAGCCUGAUCCUGGGAACUCGACCCCACGGAGCACAGACUCAGGGAUCACUAAAAGCCACGUAGACGACAGGAACUCCCAGGAUAAUCCUGCUUCCAGCUCAGGAUCUGUGAGCGAGGCUUCUACUUCUCCUGAUAAGGCUGCUAGCGAUUCUUCGAGCGGGGUCCACUCCAGCUAUAGUAUGGCGGACAAAAGGUCCUCUAGCCUAGAAAACAUACCAGCAAUGGAGCCUCCAAAAUUUAGGUGGAAAAACCUAUCCUUACAAAGGAACGUGGUUCCUCCUGCAGGCAGUGAUUUGACUGCUGGGUUGUUUCCUCCAUUACUCCCAGAAAAUAAAAUAUAUGAUGACCCAUAUGAAACAACUAUGGUGAUUCGGCGUCAGCAAAAACGAUCCGAAGAUACUCAAGAUGGCAACUGUUCUGAACGCUUUGGCCGAGCCACAAAUAUGCGAAUGAUGUCAUUUACCGAUCAACCAGACUAUUUGGGGAGUCAGGUAUUCUCCAGUACCACCGAUGGUGAUCAUUCAUUGUUUUGGACUCCGCCAUCUAACACGGACAGCAGUGAAAUUUAUCGUAAGACCCCUUUUGGUGGGCAUCCUUCUCAUAGUGUGGGUCAACAAGAUCGAAGAGAUUCAGCUAACUAUUCCCUAGCCUCCUCCGGGGAUUCGGAAAACGUCACUCCUCAUUUCUGAUUCGUUAAAAGUGAGAGAUGUGUCGUCUCCCGAUUACGUCAAAGUAGAAAGGUACAUAAGUGUUGACGUCAAACUCCAGUGAGUGGCUAAUCCGAGUCAGUCGAACUUUAGGCUUAGUGCAGCUCUGUCAGGAACUGACUGCCAAAGCUGUCAUUAGCCAAAUCGGCGAUGUACAGAUAUUUGAUAUAAACUUUAUUUACGUAUUUUAUUCAAGAAUUUCUGUAAAAUAAGUCAAAAUUCGUGCACCUGUUAGCUCGUUCACUGUCAAUUGUAUUAAAUUUAAUAUCUAUGUACAUAUUUACCUGUCAAGGUGUACACGUACAGAUGGCACUACAGUGCUAAGUCAUUCCGUGUCGAGAGCUCGUGUAAAUGUAAGAAUAGGCUUGUUUUAGGCUUCCGUAACAAAGCUUCAUUCCAGUUCUUCCAGCCAAAUAUGGAGUAAGAUAUGGAGUAAGUGGUGUUUGAAACAGGAUCUAUUGACUUUUUAAAUUUAGAAUCAGUGUCUGUGUGGGAAGCACUUAGCAGGAACUUUUUUUUGGAUGAUUAGAAAAGGAAAACAGUGUUCAUACUUGUCUGGGAAUUUAACUUAAUUGUUAGUUCCACUCGUUGAUUGCGACGUCAACAUGUACGUCAGCGUUCUUGAGCCCAGUGAAUGCAUGGUUUGUGUUAGGUAGUGACAGAUCACUUAAAGUGGAAGAUUUUUUUUAACACUUCACUAUUAGCGUCUGCACAUUUAGAGAAAGAAGCUUUGUCUUCUGUGUUAGAAGUUUAUAGUUCGAUUUGAAUCUAGUUACAUCUGAUCCAUGGCAAUAUAUUAACCUCGCUUUUAGUAUUAGGUUUUUUAAGCCUAUCGUACUAAUUCUUAAGUAUAAAUAAAGGUUGGAAUGUUCGUCAACAAGAUUCAAAAUUACUUUGGAUGAAAUCAAAACUUUAAACUGUCUCUUCUGUAGGACAACAGAUUGAUUCGUCCACAGGAAUAUCAAAUACUUCCAGUCUUAUUUAUUGUUAAUUAUUAUUUUUUAUAGUUCAGUAUUUUGUAUAAGCACGUAAAAAAUUCCUUUAAUAAAAAAAAGCUAGAGCAACCGAACACAGUAGCUAAUAAUGGUGAAAAUUCCACACAGUGUUAAUUGACAAUUCUUAGUAUUACGAUAAAAAUUAAAAUAACUUAAGAAAAGCAAGGAUAAUCAUAAUUUAUUUCCAGUGAUAUCUUUUUACUGCAAUCGGGAUUAGAAGUUCUUUAAAUCAGGAUUUAACGAAAGAAAAAAAAAACAGCAAUCUUGUCACUUUAUUGUCGUGGAUAAUAUAUUAAUUUUCGUUUUUUUAAGGCAAAAUCUCCAGGAAAAGCAGUUAUUUGUUUCUCGAUGAAAAGCAGUUUUUAACUUUAAGAAAUUCAGCUGACAUAACAACUUAAGAUUUCUCUAUAUGCACAAUAUUGAUUUAGAAAAAAAAAAAACUACCUUCAGAAUAUGCAAACUUCAAGUUAAACGUUCCAAUUUAUAGUAUAUACUUUGCACUAUUUCUGUGUUGUCGUUUUUUUAGGAAAACGGUCGUUUUUGUGCCAAUUUUCUAAAAUUUUUUAUAUAUAUAUAUUUAAAAUGUUUCAUAAACGUUUGUAUAGUGUGUACGUCUGCUUAGUGAAGGUAAUUGUGCUGUAAAUCCCAUUUAGCCCCUAGUGACAGCUUGAGAGCUUAUACGCGAAGAAAUCGUGGUUCGAUACCCAUUGUGGGCACAGAGUAAAUAGCCCAUCGUGUAGCUAUGCCCUUAAAUACAAACAUUUAUAAUCACCUUAUUUCUUCUACCACAGAUCAGAAUAUUUCAAGAUAACUGAAAGAUAUCGGAGUAUGUAUGCAGUUAGGGUAACAGUUUUAAAGAUCAAAAUGUCCGACAUUAUUCGACCUGUUAUAAGAAGAAGGAGAAUGAAAACAGCUCGGACGUUUCUUAUCUAGAAACUAACCUUGUGUACAGUUCUUGAUACUGUAUUUUAAAGAUUCUUGAAAAUAUUAUUCAAUGUUCUUUCAAUCAGAUUUGUGAUUCGUUUUCACUCAAAAAAUAAACAAAUCUUGCAAAGUUUAAUUUUGUUAUUACAGGUUUAAAAAAUUGUUUGUUUUACACAAGCAAAAAUUUUAGUUCACUGAUGAACUAAAUAGAUGUGAAAUAAUUUUAUACAAUUAUAUAAAAUCUAUUACUCGUGUGAUUGAUUUUGAACAAAACUACUUGCAACUCGUAAAUCUUUCGCAGAACCUUAUUUACUCAUAUUAAUAAUAAUAAUAGCACAAUAUUUUUUGUUGCAAAAAUAAAAUUCACUUGAAUUAAUUUAUUUUUUGCACAAAACAAACAUUUAUUUUGUUUGUACAUUUAUUCACAUUAAUCAAUUCGUUUUAAUUAAUAUUUUCUUUAGCCUAAAUGUUUCUUCAUUUUUUCUAGUUUCGCAAGUUAGAAUUUUUUUUCACACAUAUUUAACACGCAAAGUUGUAAGCUUAAGAAUAUGGAUCUCAUUUCUUCAUUAAUACACUACAUGAUACAUUGUGUUGAAGUGAAAUUAUUUUAUAUUUAUGUGUAUGUAAUUGUUUGUGAUAAAUCUAUACUUAUAAUCUAUAUUAUCGGCCAUUUUUUAAAUAUUGUUUACUGAUAUUAGAUGAUUUUUUCAGUGGUUGUUAUAUUUUGUGAGUGUUUAUGCUGU